UUCUUCAUUAAAUUUAUUUUAAUAAAGCUUUAAUCUUUACAAAAUGGUGGUAAUUAGUCUCUCCAUUGGGUCAAUUACAUGGGUUUUAGUUAUGGUUUUGUUCGUGAAAGUGGUGGUUUCAUGGUGGGUUUUGCCUGUUUUGGCUCAUCAAAAGUUGAAGCGUAAUGGGUUUCGAGGUCCUCCUCCAAGCUUUCCUCUUGGAAACAUUGCUGAGAUGAAGAGGAUAAGGAAAGCUUCCGCCGCCAUUAAUGGCGAUGCUCAUUCCUUCCCUUCUUCCAAGGUCUCCCAUGAUAUUCAUUCCACUGUUUUCCCUCACUUCGCUCAAUGGCAGGCCUCUUAUGGGAAGAAGUUUAUAUAUUGGUUGGGGACAGAGCCAUUUUUAUACAUUGCAGACCCACACUUUAUGAAGAAGAUUUCUGAAGCUGUGAUGGCAAAGGGUUGGGGGAAGCCAGCCGUGUUCCGAAACGAUAGGAGACCAAUGUUCGGCGAUGGCCUUGUCAUGACCGAAGGCGACGACUGGGUUCGCCAUCGACACAUUCUCACUCCCGCUUUCAACCCCGCUAACUUGAAGGCAAUGACAAAGUUCAUGGUGGAGUCCACCACUAAAAUGCUAAACAAGUGGAGCAGCCUCGUAAACUCCGCCGGUGGCGAAAUCGACGUGGAGAGAGAAAUCACGGCCACCGCCGGCGACAUUAUCGCAGAGGCCAGCUUCGGAAUUUGCAACGAUGGCGGCCGAGACGCCUUCGACUACCUCAGAGCUCUUCAGUUCACUCUCUUCCAAAACAGCACUUACGUGGGCGUUCCUUUCAGCAGCCUUUUUUUCUGCCCGGGCCGAACCCUAAGCGCCAAGCGACUUGGCGCUGCAAUUGACCGCCUCUUUUUAUCCUUAGUGUCGAAGAGGAAACUGUCGCAGGAUUCCUCCUCUGAUUUGCUCAGCCGCUUGAUUGAGGGUGAGAAGAGCACCGGCGACGGCGGAAAGAUGGGGCUGACGACAAGAGAAUUGGUGGACGAGUGCAAGACUUUCUUCUUUGGCGGCCAUGAGACGACGGCGCUGGCGACUAGUUGGACACUCCUGCUUCUGGCAACGCGGCCGGAGUGGCAAGAUAUUUUACGAGAGGAAAUCAAAGAGGUUAUUGGAGAUAAGGAAAUUGAUUUCAACAUGCUUUCUGGACUCAAAAAGAUGGGAUGCGUAUUCAGUGAAGUACUUAGGCUAUACCCAUCAGCUCCUAACAUACAAAGACAAGCAAAAGGAGACAUUGAUGUUGGGAGCAUGACCAUCCCAAAAGGGACCAACAUAUGGAUAGACAUCGUCGCAAUGCAUCGCGACCCGGAUCUAUGGGGCGACGACGCGAAUGAGUUCAAGCCAGAGCGGUUCGUGGAGGACAGCAUUCGUGGCGGGUGCAACCACAAGAUGGGAUAUUUGCCAUUUGGAUUUGGAGGGAGAAUGUGCAUUGGUAAAAACUUGUCCUCUAUGGAGUAUAAGAUUGUGUUAACGCUAAUUCUCUCUAGGUUUUCACUCUCUCUGUCUCCUAAUUAUGCUCAUUCUCCUGCAACUUUGCUCUCUUUGAGACCUGCCCAUGGCCUUCCUCUCAUUGUAACCCCCCUUCACCCGUAAUUUUCCUACUUCCUUGAGCCUUUUAUAAACUAAAAUGCUGUUGUCUU